GGAGGGAGCUAACAUUUCAAUUCUGCUAAAGAUUGAAGCAGGUAAAAACAGCAACAAUGGCGUACGAAAUACCGUACGAUCAGAUAAGAGAAUUACAGAUCUCACUACGUAAACAAGCAGGUCUCGCAUCAUACAACCCAGACGAAGAAGAUAUUUCACUUCCCAAUUUGCCCUCAAUUAAAGACGCAAUUUCCCAGCUCGACCCAUCUCCUUCAUAUCUCAGAUGCAAGCAUUGUAAUGGAAGAUUACUCAGGGGGGUUAAUUCUAUCAUUUGUGUCUUUUGUGGCAGACAGCAGAAUAAGGAGGUCCCUCCCGACCCAGUUCAGUUUACUUCCACUUUUGGUUGCCGUUGGUUUCUUCAUUCUCUUGACCUGGAUGGCUCGGAACUUGUGGCCCCGUCCAUAGAAGGGAAUGAAUCUAGCAGAGGAAAGAAUGCACCUGAAGUUGAGUUCCCGUUGUCUGAUCUUUUGAAUUUGGAAAUAAGGUGGCCUUCUGAGCCUGAUAAAAUCGAGACUAGUGUUUCAGAAAAGACGCUAAAUUUGGGAGGUGUUGAUAUUGACAACUAUUUUGCUGAAUCUAAAAAUGAAUCUGUUUCUGCAUCUACUGAAAGACAAUUUGCAUUGAACAAACAUGAGGAUGCUAGUGGAAGUAAUGCAUUUCAAGGGCAUGAUAGUCUUAGCUUCUUUGAAAAUGCCGAGCCUUCUAAAACAGCUGCGAUGUACAAGGAAGAUGAGAGUAGUGAUUGGGAGCCUGAUUUUCAAUCUUCUAAUUCUGGAUCUCAACCUCAAGAACCCAAAUUUUCUGACCCUUUUGUGGGAUCUUCUUCAGUUGAUCUUUCUUCUCAUAUGGAUGCUGUCUUUGGAUCUGGAAAAGAUUUAACUAAUGAAAAAAUACAAGAAAACAUGACUUCAGCGUCCAACAUGAAUGACUGGCUUGAAGGUGACAUAUGGAGUAAUGCGAAUGCUGGGGGUGCUUCUCAGAAUUAUGAGUUUGAAGUACCCGUAAAUGAUGAGGGUCAAGGAAUAGUAGGAAAAGCAGACAAUUUUCCUCCUAUGAAUGUGGAUUGGAUUCAAGGCAAUCAGUGGGAAACUUCCGGCAACAGUCACAAGGAAGCUGAUAAAAAAGCCAUUAAUGAAGAUGAUGACUCAUUUGAUGAUUGGAAUGAUUUUACAAGCUCAAGUAAUGCACAAGUUCCUUCUAGUGAUGCUUUGAAGGAUGAUAAUCAGACAGUGUCCUUUGUCGAGCAGGGAUUGGGAAUGAGCUUGUUCAGUGGAACUGAUGACUCAAAGGAUGCUUAUUUCUCUAGCUUUCCAUCAGAUUUCAUUUCGGCAGCUUCUAGCAAUCAAAAUGGUUCUACAGCUGUCAAUAGUUUUAUGCCAGAGACUUCUAUUCCAAAUAGGAUGGCUAGUAUAGAAGGAAUUGAUGGAGGAAGUUCUGAAGAAUUCGGAGAAAGCAGAGAUUUCUGUGAUGGAAAUACGAAGUCAAAAGCUAGUAAUGUAGAAGCCUUGAUGUCACAGAUGCAUGAUCUCUCUUUUAUGCUCGAAAGCAAUCUUUCAGUGCCUCAAAAGAAUGAUCCACAGACGAUAGAUCCAUUUAGUCCAUUUACUAAAGAUUAAGUUCCUUUUUUUUUCAUUUUUAAAAAGUUUUGCCAUAUAAACUGUUCUUUUAUCUGACUUGUAGUUUUGGUGUUCCUAUAGGCAUCUAUGUUGUUACGAUAUUCUUUUAGAGGCCAUGCGGUGUAUUCUUUUUAUUAUUUCUUUAAUCCGGUUGAACUCUACCCUGUAUUCAGGUGGUUAUAUAUCAGAUGAGGCAGCUUAUCUUUA